GCCGGGCGUGCUGUGUGUACGUGUGUGUGUUUGUGUGUGUAUGUGCUCGUGGGGCGCCGUCUCAGCCCCGGGAAGAUGGUGGCAGUGGCGGUGGCGACUGAGGCGAGGCUGAGGAGGAGGACGGUGGUGACGACAGCGCCCGCGGGCAGGAUCGGCGGGCGGCGCGGGGACUGGGACGUGACCGGGGCUGGGAGGCCAGGUCUGGGGGCCGGGCUGCGCCUUCCGCGGCUACUGUCGCCGUCUCUGCAGCCGCGGCUGCUGCUGCUGUUGCUCCCGCCGCUGCUGCUGCUGCAGCUGCUGCCCUGGGCGGCCGAGGCCGCGGCGGCAGCGGCGACUGUGUCGGGCUCAGCCGCAGUCGAGGCCAAGGAAUGCGACCGGCCAUGUGUCAACGGCGGUCGCUGCAACCCUGGUACCGGCCAGUGCGUCUGCCCCGCCGGCUGGGUGGGCGAGCAAUGCCAGCACUGCGGGGGCCGCUUCAGACUAACUGGAUCUUCAGGGUUUGUAACAGAUGGACCUGGAAAUUAUAAAUAUAAAACAAAGUGCACGUGGCUCAUUGAAGGACAGCCAAACAGAAUAAUGAGACUUCGUUUCAGUCAUUUUGCUACAGAGUGCAGUUGGGACCAUUUAUACAUUUAUGACGGGGACUCGAUUUAUGCACCAUUAAUUGCUGCCUUUAGUGGCCUCAUCGUUCCUGAGAGAGAUGGCAAUGAGACUGUCCCCGAGGUUGUUGCCACAUCAGGUUAUGCCCUCCUGCAUUUUUUUAGUGAUGCUGCUUAUAAUUUGACUGGAUUUAAUAUCACUUACAAUUUUGACAUGUGUCCAAAUAAUUGCUCAGGCCGAGGAGAAUGUAAGAUCAACAACAGCAGCAACACAGUUCAGUGUGAAUGUUCUGAAAACUGGAAAGGUGAAGUGUGUGAUAUUCCUCACUGUGCACAUAACUGUGGAUUUCCUAAUCGAGGCAUCUGCAAUUCAAGUGAUGUCAGAGGAUGCUCAUGCCUCUCGGAGUGGCAGGGUCCUGGAUGUUCAAUUCCUGUACCAGCUAACCAGUCAUUUUGGACUCAGGAGGAAUAUUCUAACCUAAAGCUCCCCAGAGCAUCUCACAAAGCUGUGGUCAAUGGAAAUAUAAUGUGGGUUGUUGGAGGAUAUAUGUUCAACCACUCAGAUUACAACAUGGUUCUAGCGUAUGACCUUGCUUCUAGGGAGUGGCUUGCACUGAACCAUUCUGUAAACAACGUGGUUGUUAGAUAUGGUCAUUCUUUGGCAUUAUACAAGGAUAAAAUUUACAUGUAUGGAGGAAAAAUUGAUGCAACAGGGAAUGUGACCAAUGAGUUGAGAGUGUUUCAUAUUCAGAAUGAAUCCUGGGUAUUGUUGACCCCUAAAGCAAAGGAGCAGUAUGCAGUGGUUGGGCACUCAGCACACAUUGUUACAUUGAAAACUGGCCAAGUGGUCAUGCUGGUCAUCUUUGGUCACUGCCCUCUCUAUGGAUAUAUAAGCAAUGUGCAGGAAUAUGACUUGGAUAAGAACACAUGGAGUAUAUUACAGACCCAGGGUGCCCUCGUGCAAGGGGGCUACGGCCACAGCAGUGUUUACGACCAUAGGACCAGGGCCCUGUACGUCCACGGAGGCUACAAGGCUUUCAGCGCCAAUAAAUACCGGCUCGCGGAUGAUCUCUAUAAAUACGAUGUGGACACCCAGAUGUGGACCAUUCUUAAGGACAGCCGAUUUUUCCGUUACUUGCACACAGCUGUGAUAGUGAGUGGAACCAUGCUGGUGUUUGGAGGAAACACACACAACGACACAUCCAUGAGCCAUGGCGCCAAAUGUUUCUCUUCAGAUUUUAUGGCUUACGACAUUGCUUGUGACCGCUGGUCGGUGCUUCCCAGACCUGAUCUCCACCAUGAUGUCAACAGAUUUGGCCAUUCAGCAGUUUUACACAACAGCACCAUGUAUGUAUUUGGUGGUUUCAACAGUCUCCUCCUCAGUGACAUCCUGGUGUUUACCUCAGAAAGGUGUGAAGCACACCAAAGUGAAGCUGCUUGUUUAGCUGCAGGACCUGGCAUCCGGUGUGUGUGGGACAUAGUGUUAUCUGAGUGUGUCUCCUGGGAGUUGGCAACUGAAGCACAAGAAGAAAAGUUAAAAUCAGAAUGUUUUUCCAAAAGAACUCUUGACCAUGACAGAUGUGACCAGCACACAGACUGUUACAGCUGCACAGCCAACACUAACGACUGCCACUGGUGCAACGACCACUGUGUCCCUGCGAACCACAGCUGCGCGGAGGGCCAGAUCUCCAUUUCCAUGUAUGAGAAUUGCCCCAAGGACAACCCCAUGUACUACUGUAACAAGAAGACCAGCUGCAGGAGCUGUGCCCUGGAUCAGAACUGCCAGUGGGAGCUCCGAAACCAGGAGUGCAUCGCCCUGCCCGAAAAUAUCUGUGGCACUGGCUGGCAUUUGGUUGGAAACGCGUGUUUGAAAAUUACUACUGCCAAGGAGAAUUAUGAUAACGCUAAAUUGUCCUGUAGGAACCAUAAUGCCUUUUUGGCUUCUCUUACAACCCAGAAGAAGGUAGAAUUUGUCCUUAAGCAGCUGCGAAUAAUGCAGUCAUCACAGAGCAUGUCUAAGCUCACCUUGACCCCAUGGGUCGGCCUACGAAAGAUCAAUGUGUCCUACUGGUGCUGGGAAGAUAUGUCCCCGUUUACAAAUAGCUUGCUACAGUGGAUGCCAUCUGAGCCCAGUGACGCUGGGUUCUGUGGAAUCUUGUCAGAACCCAGUACUCGGGGCUUGAAGGCUGCAACCUGCAUCAACCCACUCAAUGGUAGUGUCUGUGAAAGGCCUGCGAACCACAGUGCCAAGCAGUGUCGGACGCCGUGCGCCCUGAGAACUGCAUGCGGAGAGUGUACCAGCGGCAGCUCUGAGUGCAUGUGGUGCAGCAACAUGAAGCAGUGUGUGGACUCCAACGCCUAUGUGGCCUCUUUCCCUUUUGGCCAGUGUAUGGAGUGGUACACCAUGAGCACCUGCCCCCCUGAAAAUUGUUCAGGCUACUGUACCUGUAGUCAUUGUUUGGAGCAGCCGGGCUGUGGCUGGUGUACUGAUCCCAGCAAUACCGGCAAAGGGAAAUGCAUAGAGGGCUCCUAUAAAGGACCAGUGAAGAUGCCUUCACAGGCCGCAGCAGGAAAUCCCUACCCACAGCCCUUUCUCAAUUCCAGCAUGUGUCUAGAGGACAGCAGAUACAACUGGUCUUUCAUUCAGUGUCCAGGUAAGAUACCUUGUGUAUCCAGAGGCAAGUGUUUCACUGCCGAUUUAUAAAGAAUAAAACCUGGAAAGCUACAUUGUUUAUAGGGAUCUCUGUUAAGAAAAAAAUAUAAGUAACAUCAUUUUAGGAGAAAUAGUUUCAUGAGAAAAAUAUUUUUAAAGUCAAUGAAUGAAAAUAUUU